UUCUUUCGUCUUCUUCCUCCUUGCGUGCUCUCCCGCUCAAUUGUUCUCCCUCCAAAUUCUCCGGCAAGAACUUCCCAAAUUGUCAGUCUCUCGUUAGAAGGUUAGCCACUUCGUGACCGGUUUCCAAUUCAUACCUUCCAAAAAGGGUGUUUGCCAGGGCGAUUAUAAUCGGUGAUAUUUGUUAACUAACGAACUGCUCAACUUUUCCAGGAUGGUUAUCAAGGGACAAAGUGGUAGCAGCAGCAAACCUAGGGAAAAACGCGUGGAAGUUGCUCGGAAUAGUAAGCUAAAGGGCAAAGACCCUGUCGUCGAUGAAGAAAUGGAAGAAGAUGAGGAAGGGCGAUCGCUGUCUGGGGAUGACAGUGAAGAAUCUGUUUUUGACGGGGAUGCAUAUGAAGAUGUUGAAGAUGAUGAAUAUGAGGAUGAGAUAUAUGAGGACGAAGAAUUCGAGGAUGAAUUAUGCCAGAGAACAGUGAAACGUGCGCCAAAGAAAAGGCAAUCUGCUAAAAGCAGGAGGGUUAUUUCAUACGAUGAAGUAGAGGAGGAAGAAGAUAUAGAAGACGAAGACGGUGAAUAUAUGGAUGGUGGGUAUGAAGAUGAAGGAGAGGAUGUUGUUGUUCGCGUUCAGAAAAGAGGGAAGAGUUGGAAGGAGGUCGGGCAGAAUGCUUUGAAGAAGAAGGCACAUCUACAGAUGAUGCGGAAGAGGCGUAGAGAGGAUUAUGAUGAUGUUGACGAGGGAAGGAGACCUGUGAAGAAGACGGUACUUCCUGCGAUGAAGCAGAUGGGUAGGAAGUUUGAUGAAACAGGGGUAGCAAAAGGAAAGCCCCCUGCAAAACAGAAGGCAAUCAGAGGGAAUAACAGGAGGAUGUUUGUGCGGGUACCGAUUCCCAAACAUCCUCUGUCUAGGGGUGAGUAUGCGAAGUUUCCCGGCGUGGUAGUUGCUACUCAGCGGGCUAAUUGUGGCCGGAAGAUUUUCUACCUAGACCAUUUAUGCAGGCAUCCUGUGAGAUGGGAUGAGUUUCCCAGGAUCAAAGUCUGGACACAGGAGGAAGUGGAUGAGGCCAAGAAUCGGGAUAGGAAAGCGAGUGAAGAUUAUGGAAGGAUUACGACUGUUGAUGUUGUGUACGGGGAUCCUCAUCCCCUUUACGGCAGGGAGGAUAGACGGUCUCCCGCAGUAGAGGUUGCUGAGAUGGUAGCACAGAUGACUUCUUCAGAAUGGAGACGAACCCUAGCUCAGGAGGUCACAGAGAUGGGGGGCCAUGCUUAUCGAGUGUGAUGGUAAUGAUGCAAAUCGGAUGAUGUGCUACUCGGUUGUGCGUCCUAGGGAGUACGUGCAUUCCCAGUACGUUCGGGCCGUUGCAAACAUAUACAACAGGGAAUGGGCUCUGGAAUACCCAACGAAUUCUCGCAGAAUCAUGCUGGACUCCUCAU